UUGGGAACAAAAACUUUCAAUUAACACGCCAUGGAAAUAUGAUAGAGAAGUACAAUUUUCAAAAAUAAUUAUUCCAACGGUAGAUACCAUUCGUCACAAUUAUUUAAUACAGUCAUAUUUAAGUAAAAAACAACCAGUUUUGUUAGUUGGACCAAGAGGAUGUGGCAAAACAUUGAACGCUAAAAAUUCAUUUGAAACUAUGAAUAAAACUGAAUAUUCUUUUUUAAAGAUUAAUAUGACAUCUACGACUUCAUCUAAUGACGUUAAAGAAACGAUUGAAGAUAAAUUAGAAAAACGCACUAAAGAACUGUAUAUUCCACUAACUGGAAAAACAAUGGUUGUAUUUUUGGAUGAUAUGCAUAUGCCUAUAAAAGAACCUUGUGGAGUACAGCCUUCCUUGGAAUUAAUUAGACAUUUGAUCGAUUAUGGAUUUUGGUAUGAUACAAAAAAACAAUGUCCAAAGUAUGUUAAAAAUAUGCUACUCAUUUGUGCUAUGACUCAAUUUGAUAAAAUAAAGCACUUUAUUAGCAAUCGGAUGUUAAAUCGUUUUAGUGUGGUCAAUAUACCAUCACCCAAAGAAAACGAUAUAUAUAAAAUAUACAAUUCAAUACUCAAUCAACAUUUAAACGAUUUUGAUGAAACUGUGUCAGAAAUAGGUAAUGGAUUGACUUCGAUGACCAUAAGCCUUUAUAAACAUUUAGUGAUUAGCAUGACUCCAACUCCAUCAAAAAUACAUUAUUUAUUUAACUUGAAAGAUGUUUCAAAAGUAUUUCAAGGUUUACUACUUAGUAAUGUCAAGUAUCAAAAUUUUAAAGUGCCUAUGUUGCGGCUUUGGUGUCAUGAAGUAUUUCGUGUUUUCUAUGACCGUUUAGUUGAUACAAGCGAUCAAAAAUGGUUCUUAAAUCAAAUAAAUCACCUUCUUGAAAAUACUUACCAUUUAACAUAUCAAGAUUUGUUUGCAUCAAAAAAAAAUCCAAUAUUUUUUAGUUUUCUAAAUGAAGAAAUGCUGUACGAGGAAAUCGUAGAUGAAGAGAACUUGAAACAGUUUAUCAAAUGUAGCAUAAAAGAAUAUAAUUCUAACUCAGAAUUUAUGCCAGUAGACAUUUUGUUGUUCAGGGAUUAUAUAGAACAUAUUUGUCGUAUUGUUAGAGUUAUAUCACAACCCAUGGGUCACAUACUUCUCAUAGGCAUUGGUGGAUCAGGCAGAUCAACUCUAGCAAAAAUAGCCUCGUGUUUGUGCAAAUACAGUAUUUUUACGAUUGAAUUAUCCAAAUCAUACGGAACAUCGGAAUUUAAAGAAGACUUAAAAUUAAUUUAUUCCGAAACGGGCAUAAAAAAUCAACCAACAUCAUUUGUGUUUAAUGACACACAAAUAGUUGAUGAUUCUUUUUUGAAAAUUAUUAACAGUAUUUUAAGUACUGGAGAAGUAACACGGUUAUUCAAUGAAAAUGAAUUAGAAGAAAUCAAAAAUGCAUUAUCAGAUAAUAUUAAAAAUGCAGACGAAAUAGAAUCAGCCGGAGCUGUUUAUUCAAUUUUUAUAGAUCGAGUUAAAAAAAACCUACACUUUAUUUUAUCUUUUAGUCCUAUAGAAAAAUCAUUUAGAAUACGAUUGAAGCAAUAUCCCGCAUUAUUAAAUUGUACUACAAUUGAUUGGUUUUUGGAUUGGCCAAAAGAAGCUUUAUUGGAAGUGGCAUCAACUUCUCUCGAUGGUCUUGAUAUUUUAGCAACAAUUACUGGAGAACAAAGAGUACAUGAAGAUAAAAAUGAAAUAAUAGCUCGGGAUAAAUUAAAAAGUUCGUUGGCCUCAAUUUUUUCUUCUAUCCACAAUUCUGUAAUAGAAUAUUCCAACCAUAAUAAAGUUGAAUUGAAUUGUACAAAUAAUGUAACACCGGCUGUUUAUUUAGAAAUGAUAUUUAGAUACAAAAAAAUUCUUCACGAAAAACGUAUUGAAAAACAAAAUAUGUCAAUUAAAUUGAGAAAUGGUUUAGAAACGAUUAAUGGCAUUAAUCAUAAAAUAAAUGAUAUGACAAUGGAAUUAGGAAAAGUCACAGAGCUUAUUACGAAGCACACUAAAAUAUGUGAAGAAAUGUUUACAAUUAUUUCU